CAGGCAACCCGACAACCAGCAAGUUGAUGUUGUUUAAUAUCAAAACGUUAGCUCUCUUUUGGACUUUUGGACAACUUUUGAGCUUAUUCUGAACGGACUUCAACUGGACAAAGCGGAAACACGUGGAAUUUACAAGUUUUCAACUGGACAAAGUGGAAACAAGUGCAAUUUACAGUCGACAACGGAUUUGUGAUUUCAGCCGUCAAACCGGAACGUUUCGCCCUCAGCAACUCAAUCAUGCCUGAGGUGGCACUCACCAUACAACCUCACGGAGGUCCCAACCCCGACCCGGGCCUCGAGGAGCAGGAGCAGCUGCCGUACCCGGAUCUGGCCCCGGUGGUCUUGGGCUGCUUCAAACAGACAUCGAGACCCCGUAAUUGGUGUCUGAAAGGGGCCUGUGGCCCAUGGUUGCGGUAUGUGUCCAUACUUGUGAUCCUCCUCGACUGUGUGAGUCUGGGCAUUUACGUCCCCGGUCAGCAGAGGAGCUACAAGCUCAAGCUUUUGGAUUCCAUUGUAGUAACAUAUUUCGUGGGUGAGAUGUUCAGCAAAAUGUUCGCCAUGGGAUUGUUUGGCUACAAAGGAAGCUACCUCAGCAACUACUGGAACAGGUUGGACCUACUCAUCAACUUAGGAGAGUUUUUUGACUUCUUUAUGGAUCACCUCGGCCUCCACCUGCAAGUCUCUCAAGUGCUCGGGCCGCUGCGACUGAUCAGCAGAGUAGCGAGUAUGCGUGACAUCGUGUCAGCGGUCCUGUUCAUCUUCCCCAUGCUGGCUAACGUGCUCUGCCUCUACAUGUUUGUCGUGCACAUCUUCGGCGUGAUAGGGGUCCAGCUAUGGGCGGGGCGUCUGCGCAACCGCUGCUUCCUGGGAGAGGACCCCACUGCGAUGUACAACGUGUCCUUAAGCCCGUACUACGUCAACAAGUACGGUGAGCUCCAAACGUUCCUCUGUUCCCCCGAAGGCACGAGCGGCCGUCACUGUGGCGAGGUGCCGCCCAACAGAGAGAACCACCAAAUCUGCUCCUUGGCUCCUCCCGCGCCGAGUGUGUUUGGCCUCACGGGGGCCGGCACCAACGCCUGCGUCAACUGGAACGUUCUCUACAACGUCUGUCGGGCCGGGGCCCAGAACCCCAACAGCGGGGCCACCAACUUCGAUAACAUCGGCUACGCCUGGAUAAGCAUAUUCCAGGUUGUCACACUGGAAGGAUGGUCAAACAUCAUGUUUUAUGUCAUGAAUGUGUAUUCCUUCUGGAGUUUCCUCUAUUUCAUAUUUGUUGUCAUUAUGGGCUCCUACAUCAUGAUGAACGUGUGCGGCGUCGUCAUCUCCACCCAGUUCUCAGACAACCUGGAGCACCUGAGAAGACGGGAAACCAGGAGGGAGAAUAGCGACGUGUUAGGUGAAUGGCUCUGCUCCAAGUGGACCGGCUGCCUGGCAGUCAUCAGACGGCGUGCAUCCAACAGGGUGCACCACCAUGACGACGACAGCAGGGCCGACGACUUGACGGUCAAGGGUCACAUUUGGGGACAGCUCAGGACGAGACUCGAGAAAGUCGUCAACAGUAAAGUCUUCGACCGGCUGAUCGCGUGCGCAGUUCUCCUCAGCAUUCUCACCCUGGCCAUUCAGCAUCAUAACCAGCCAAACGUGUUGACCAACAUCUUGCAGAUCUGUGACCUCACCUUCACCGUGAUCUUCGUGGUGGAGAUGCUCUUAAAGUGGAUGGUUCUCAAGUGGGCGUACUUUGAGGACCGAAACAACUUGCUCCACUUUGUCAUCGUCAUCAUCAGUCUUUCGGAGAUGAGAACCAAAGAAGACGACUGGUUGUCGGUCCUCCGAGCUUUCCGCCUGCUGCACUACCUCCCUUACCUAAGGACACAGCUGCUGGUGCUGAAGAAGGCCAUGCAGGAGGCCGCUUCGCUCUGCAUGCUCAUCCUUUUUGUCCUCUUUGUUUUCAGGCACGUGCACGCACCGAUCCUCUCUGCCCCACCUGUCUGCUUGGAGACGUGUGGCCGCCACCCACCCGAUUCACACAUUCCACUGACUGUCUCCCACCUUUUUUUCCUCUUCCUCUGCAGUCUGGUGGGCAUGCAUCUGUUCGGUCAUGGGUUAGACACACGGAACACAAUCAAUGACAGGAAGAACUUUGACACGCUGCUCUGGUCCAUGGUCACCGUGUUCCAGAUUCUGACGGAGGAGAACUGGAACACGGUGCUGUACAACAUCAUGGCGGAAACCUCUCCGUGGGCCUUCAUCUACUUCGUUGCGGUCAUCGUGAUGGGAAAGCACGUCCUUCUCAACAUCCUCGUGGGUAUUGUCCAUCAGGGCUUCCAAGACAGGCGAACACUUGGCGAGAGCCCUUCCUCCGUGACCUCUUCCCCGACCUCAGAGGACGGUUCUGCAGAUACAAACGGCGAUGAGGAAAACCGAACACUUGGCCAGAGCCCUUCCUCCGUGACCCCGACCCCGACCGUUGAGCACGGUUCUGCAGAUGUAAACGGCGAUGAGGUAAACAGAUCUCAGAACCGAAACCAGACGGCGCUGCGCUGGUGCAAAAAGCGUGAAGAGUGGUCAUUCUACGUGUUGUCUCCCCAGAACAGGCUCCGGCUCUUUUGCAAGAGUGUGACGUCUCACCAUUUGUUCGAAUACACAGUUCUCCUCUUUAUUCUCCUAAACUGUAUCACCAUUGCAAUGGAGAGACCUGGAAUUGAGCCUGGAAGCAAGGAGCGAACGUUCUUGACCAUCUCUGGUUUCGUCUUCUCUGCGGUCUUCAUGGUAGAGAUGCUUUUUAAGGUCCUGACCCUCGGCCUGUUCAUUGGGAGCGAGAGCUACUGCCGCUCUGCCUGGAAUAUCGUGGACGGGUUGCUGGUGGUCGCCUCCGUGGUCGACAUCGUCGUCUUGCUGUCCCUUGCAAGCCACAGCAAAAUGUUGGACAUCCUCAAAGUGCUGCGCCUGCUGCGCAUACUUCGUGCGCUGCGGGUGGUCAAGCGAUCCCCGAAACUGAAGCUGGCGGUGGAGGCUCUGAUCAUCGCCGUCAAACCCGUCGGGAACAUCUUGCUCCUGUGCUGCGCCCUCAUCUUGUUCUACGCAAUCCUCGGCUUGCAGUUGUUCAAGGGGAAGUUCUACAUCUGCAGAGGCGAGUUCAUUGAUGACGUCACCAACAAGACGGACUGUCUGUCGGCCAACCAGCGCUGGGAGCUGAAGGAUUUCAAUUUUGACAGCUUGCCGCAGGCCCUGCUUUCACUGUUCGUGAUGUACUCCAAGGACGGCUGGGUGACCCUCAUGUAUGAUGGACUGGACGCCGUUGGAGUGGACCAACAGCCCAUGAUCAACUACAAUGUAUGGAUACUUCCUUUCUUCAUCUCCUUCAUGAUCGUGAGCUAUUUCUUGCUCGACAUGUUCAUCGGCGUGAUGGUGCACACCUUCCACGACUGUCAGAAGAAACAAAAUAAACUGUCUGAGGAGGCGAGAAACAGCUUGCGGCGCGGCGCAGGCGAGGAUGUUGCUGAGGUUCCCAAGGAGACGCCGUACCAAGCGUCCUACUCCCGCAUGCGUCUGUCCAUCCACACCCUGUGCACCAGCGGGCCGCUGGACCUCUUCAUAGCCGUCCUGAUUGUCAUCAGUGUUUUGAUCAUGGCCGUCGAGCACUACCAAGAACCUCUGUACAUCAAGAGGUUGACAGAGUACUCCCACUACGUGUUCACCUCCAUCCUGUUGAUUGAAGUCCUGCUGAAGCUCGUGGCGUUUGGCGGGCUGAGAUUCCUGCGAAACAGUUGGAACCUCGUGGACCUCGUGAUCGUCUCGGUAUCCAUCACGAGCAUCGCUUUAAACAUGAUGAGUGUGUCACAGCAAGUUCCUGUAAAUCCCACCAUCCUGACAGUCCUCAGAGUGCUGAGGAUGGGACAAGUCCUGAAGGCCAAAAGGAUUCGUGUCCUGCUGACAACAAUCGGCAAAACGCUGUCGCAGGUUGGAAACAUUUGUCUCCUCUUCCUGUUCUUCUUUACCAUCUACGCAACGCUAGGAGUGGAGUUCUUUGGCCAUCUAGAAUGCGCCGAGGACGAACUGUGCCUCGGAUUAAACGAGUAUGUCAAUUUCAAGCACUUCGGCAUGGCCCUGUUCACCCUCUUCCUGGUGUGCACCGGGGACAACUGGAGCAUGAUCAUGAUGGACACCUUGAAGCAGUGCCGUCCUGGAGAGUGUUCACUCUACCUCACGUGGGUCUCUCCGAUAUACUUCAUCACCUUUGUGGUCAUCGCACAGUUCGUGCUCGCCAACCUCGUUGUGGCCGUCAUUGUGCAAGCUUUGGAGGACAGCAACAAGGACGAAGGAGUGUCUGGACUGUCUACUGCUAUUCUCGCUGACUAACUGACACAUCAAACAGCGGUUAGAGAACCGUUAGUCUCUACGGUUCACCGGGACUUCACACUCGGAGCAGGAGGAACCGCUGGCAUUACUUCACCAU